GAACCGGGACAUCACGUGUGAUCACUGAUUCUUCCAUCUGGUUGCCUAUCUGAGACAACCUGCAAGAUUUUCGACACCUCUCCGCUCAAUCUAUAAACCAGCUCCGUGAAGAUUGGCCAAUGCCGAACUUCCCACAGCGCAUACAAAUUCCCCCGAUCUCGACCGUUGUAUCUCUUGUCUUAUAAUCACAACAGUCUCGCGGGGCUGUCCCUUCACCUCUUCCUACUACCUUCAACAUGCCCAUUGCGCAGAUGCAUUACAAGGCUUCAUUGCCCCAGGUGCACCACAUACCGUUGCAUACUACCUUUCUCGGCGUGCUGCACACCGCUUCAACGCCCGAAGCUCAAGUUCAUCAAUACCGAGGCAUUAAAUACGCCUCCAUACCCGCUCGUUUUCGCCAAUCCAAGCUUUUUACUUCUUACAAGCCCGUUACGGAUGCAACAAAAUACGGACCUAUUUGUCCGCAGUACAGAUGCAGGCAAAGCAUCGAAGAGGCCAUGUUUGGUCUCAACGACGAUGAUAUACCCAAGCAGUCCUUUAAGCAAAAUGAGUUCGAAUGCCUCAAUUUGAACAUCACCACGCCCGCUGGUCUUACCCCGCACUCUCGUAUACCAAUUAUGGUGUGGAUUCAUGGAGGAGCUGACAGAGGAACAGGCUCCAGUUGGGUCUACGACGGGGGCGCAUUAGUCCAUCAUAGUAUACUCAUUGGCAAACCGAUUAUUGUGGUCACCUUCAAUUUUCGGCUUGGCUUGUUUGGCUUCGCUGCCGGUCCCAUGUUACGUGAAGACAACAAGUCUGCGGGUGAUGAAGGCGUCGGCAAUUACGGCCUACGCGACCAACGUAAACUGCUCGAAUGGCUUCACCACUUUAUUGGAGAUUUUGGCGGCGAUCCUAACAAUAUCACACUGUUUGGGGAAUCGUCGGGAGCGGCUGAUAUCGUAUCUCACCUCUUGUCUACGGCCAAUGAAACACGACCACUUUUCCAACGAGCAAUAGUCCAAAGCGCCAUCCUGGAGUCCAACGCUCCGGACGUCUCAGCAGCAGGCUGGCAUCUAUCUAGACUCAUGUCAGCACUGCACGUCACCACCGUCGAUCAGCUCCGCGCCAUCGACGCUGAUAAGUUAUUCGCGUACGGUCUGACUCUCCGCAACGUCGAUGACGGUGUCUUCUUCCGUCAGGGAUGGAGAAGUUACUUUCAACCGGACGACGCGCACCACCGAGACCAUCACGUAUUCUCUGACCUUCUCUCGAUUCACAAGGUUCCCAAAAGGCCGUCACGGUCACCCCAUCCGAGCGUUGGACUGACUACUUUCCAUCCUCCAGCUAAUCUUCAACCCCUCAUCAUAGGUGAUUGUGCCUCCGACUCGUUAGUUUGGUCGCUGUAUGCCGCACAAUGGACCGCCCCUGCAGUCGUGCGCCGGAUCAAAGCUAUCUGUCAAUCUCUUUCCAAAAGCUCUAACCUUAUGAAUGCCUACGAUAUCUCUUCCUACACCUCCGACGAAGAAAUCGUCCAGCGCGUCCUGGACCUCAUCAACGACGCUCGCGUGGCAUGGCCCACCGAGUGCGUAGCCCAGUCUGCUCGACGCGAUCGAGGCGGACAUGGAGUCUGGCGGUAUGUCUUUGAUCAAGACGGGCCGACCGUCAAUCUUCCGCACCAUGCGGUCGACCUUGUCUACCUGUUCGACAACGUUCCGCUUCCUGAAUCCGCCCGAUCACCCUCGUCUUCUAUGAUGUCCUAUGACGAAGGUUUCUGCGAAUUUGACGUGGAUGAGGACGAUUCGGUGGAAAUCAGUGAUGAGGAUGGGUGCUCGUGGAUGCAGCCGUGUGUUGAUCAGUGGUCAUAUACCCAUGUUAGGGAUACGAUGCAGGAGAGGUGGAUCGCGUUUGCUUACGGGGAAGCGCCGUGGAAUGAUGAGAAGGUGUUCGUGUUUGGGCCGGAAGGUGAAUCUGGUGAGCGGUCGGCUUGUAUAUUUGAUGGAAGGAGGAGGAGACAAGUGUGGAAGGAGGUAUUUGAACCGUUGGGGAUGCAGGUCGUACACAAAGUUGGCCUGGAGCUGAGUCGGGGCCCGCCGUUGAGGGGGUAUUAGACAUCUCUUUUUUUAUCCUCUUCACAUAUCACACAUGCAUUCGGGACGGCAUUCAUAUUUAUUGUAUCAACUUCGGUUUGCUUUCGUCUAGGGUUUUUGGGUUAGCUGAGCAUUUACUAGUUUACAUGGCAUUGUUAUCGAUUCUGUUGUAUCCGUACUCAAAAUUGUUGUAAUCAAAGUGUUCGAGUUAUCAACAUAGCUCACUAUCCUUUUGUGACGGCUACUUCAACUUCCGGGCCAGGCCCCAACUUCCAAGCCCAUUUGGACGCACCUUUGU